GCGACCCGGGGAGCCACUUACAGCGACACACCACCACACUGAGGAGGAGGAAGAGAUGGCCACCCAAAAUAACUUCUGUGCUGUUAACUUGGCUUUUCUGCUUGUAUGCGUGUUGAUCGCGGCAUUUGUCCCCGUGGAUGCGUCUCCUGACCGGACGAAGACGGUGGAGUUCAACGUUAAACCGGGAGGAGUGGUGCACACUUUCUCUGAGGCGGUUAGGGAUUAUGAAUGCUCUUUCACUUAUGCUUCACAAGGGGGAACCAAUGAGCAAUGGAUGAUGAGCGUGGGUCUGAGUGACGACGACAGACUGUUUUCCUGCUCCGUGUGGAGGCCCCAGGGGAAGUCGUACCUGUUUUUCACUCAGUUCAAAGCUGAACUAAAGGGAACCAAAAUUGAAUAUGCCAAUGCAUAUUCUCAGACGUCGCCUGCAGGACAGAGUGACGUGCCUUUGAAGCCGGAGGAAUUUAUUAUAGGAGACUCAACAGUGACCCACAGAGAUGGAAAGUUCAGCGCUCAACUCUCCAAACUGACCGCCAUUGGACGGACACGACAUGAUGAGCUGUAAAUGGUCAGAAGCAUGACUCAGCUUCGGUCAUGUUUUGAACUCUGAGUCGGGCCUCAGUGUUUCAGCUCAGUAGUCAAUGAACGAUGGAUUAGUGGGGUAACUAGCAAAAAUUGAAGAGGGAUUAUGCUGAUACUGUCAGUACAUUAAUUACCUGAUGCGUUUAAAGAAAGAAUUUGAAAAUGCUGCUUGAGAUAAAGAAAAAUACAGCGAGGUGUUAGUUAAGUAUUCAUAUUUUUUCUUACUACAUAAUGUCCCAGUUAAAAUUCUGCUAUGAGAUAAAGUGCUUCCAUAGUUGUUUCUUAGUUUCUGAGGCUAUAAGAUUUACAGAGAGCAAAUCUGUUCUGAUCCAGUGGGGCUGUAUGUGAAUGUAUAGAGGAUUGGUGUCUGGGGGCUUGUAGAGUAUAGAUAACACAUUUAGAGUAGAGAGGGAUUUAUCCAUCUGGUGUAAUCCUGAGAGGAAAGUGAAUAAUCUCCAGCAGCGUCAUCACACACACAUAAACAAUUACAUUUUCCUCUUUCUUGCUCUGUUUCUGAGCUGAGCUCCCUGCUUGGUCUGUUUAUAUUCAUCUGUUGUAGAUAACUGUGAGCACACAUUUUAUCCCCUAAAUCACCCAUCAGUACCUCUUGUGAUCAGUUUUUGCUAUUUUUGUUUGUUUUUGGCCAGAAGGGAUACUUGUAAUGGAGCAGAUAGCAGCAUCAUUAAAUGAUAGAAGGAUAAAGAUAUACAGAAUAGACUGAGAUCAGUGCAUUUUUUUUUAUAAAUCUUGAACAGUGUCAGUGUGAAUUCAUUGUUUUGAAAAUAUGUUAUUAGUAUUACA